UUUAUGAAUGACAUUGACACUUGACAGCAUGGCUGCCACGGCUUUGGAUUCCGAAAUCAUGAAAAGUGAUAAAUAUUCGAUAUUAUUGCCCACAUACAAUGAGAGAGAAAACUUGCCCAUAAUAAUAUGGCUCAUUAUGAAAUAUUUGGAGAAAAGUGGCUACGAUUUUGAAGUGAUAAUAAUUGAUGAUGGAAGUCCCGACGGUACGCUCGAUGUGGCGAAACAGCUGCAAAAGCUGUAUGGAUCCAGUAAAAUUGUUUUGCGCCCGCGGGAGAAGAAACUAGGUUUAGGCACAGCAUACAUGCACGGAAUAAAACACGCCACGGGCAACUUUAUCAUUAUAAUGGACGCUGACCUUAGUCAUCAUCCUAAAUUCAUUCCCAAGAUGAUAGAGCUCCAACGCAAGCACGACUUUGAUGUAGUAUCCGGUACUCGUUACAAGGAUGGUGGUGGAGUCUACGGCUGGGACUUUAAGCGCAAGCUCAUGUCCCGCGGUGCCAACUUUGUCACACAGAUGUUAUUGAGACCAGGGGCUUCUGACUUGACAGGAUCGUUUAGAUUGUACAAAAAGGACAUCUUGCAGAAGCUCAUAGACAGUUGUGUGUCUAAGGGCUAUGUGUUCCAAAUGGAAAUGAUUAUCAGAGCACGCCAACUAGACUACACCAUCGGCGAGGUGCCCAUAACGUUCGUGGACCGCGUGUAUGGAGAGUCCAAGCUCGGAGGUUCCGAGAUCGUGCAGUUUGCUAAGGCUUUACUAUAUCUGUUCGCUACCACGUGAUCUUGCUGUGGGGUGAAGGGAGGGGGGAAGUGAGGGUGUUCUUUUGGAACAAAACUAUUAGUUAUAUAUAACUUAGGGUUGCUUGCACCAAAUCGUCUGUCACCGUCAUAACGUUCGCUUAAUUAUUUUGUAAUAUUUUUUUGGCAUAAAUUUCAUUUUUGGUACAAGCUUUUAUCGUUGACUUACUUUUCUUUCCACAGGCAACUAAUACUCACCAAGACAAUUCUAACAACCCCAAACACAAUUAGUUUGCGUUGUUUUAUAGAGUUCCUAUGGCCACCUCCUGUCUCCAUCAUCAGAUCAGCUCCAUGUCAUCAUUAUAUUGCAUUAUCAUCCAAUUUACAUAUGUAUGCAAAAUUUCAGCUUGAUCGGAAGGGUCAAAUUUAGCUUCCAAAAUUUGACCUACACUAACUAACAAACAUACUAACUGGGCAAGUUAAAUAAAAGCUUGUAUAUAGCCAUAAAUUCCUCUAAGCUAACUUUGCACGGAUUUGAACAUUUUGGACACAAUUAUUUAUGUCUUAUUUUUAUUGACAUUAAAAUUUGACAUGAAUGUUGACAUUGCCACAUUGUGUCUGCAAAUUCCAUGCAGAGUUAACUUGGCCGACUCUAGCGCUCUGCUAAGUAACGUUGAUCAGUCCGACAAUUGUGAACUGGCCCUUAAUAUAACCACAGGUUGGAAAUAUCUACAAUUUCUGAAAAUGUCUAUUUUGGAAAAGGAAAAUUUCAAUCUACAUACACAAAUAUGAGGUUUCUAUAAAUUUCCUAACAUGUAAAUCAAGUGUUCUAGAAACAUGAAAAUAACCAAUGUUGUGUACAAUGAAAUAAUUUAUGUGCAUAAUUUGAAGUAUAAUUAAUUGGGUCGGUGACGUUAUACACAUUCCAUAAGCUAAGGCCGCGGCCGAUGGGCAAGCGGUGAGCGGAGCGUGUAGGGGGGGGAACGAGCGAGUUAUAUUAUUAUUAUAGAAUUAUGAUAAUGUACAUAGAUAUAGAAGUAUAUAAAUAAAGAUUUUGUUACUAUAUUAAGGGUGU